GACGGUUGUGUUUACAGUGCAAGUGAACGUGGGGCGUAGCUCCGCCCAGCGGCCGGUAUAUAAGGGCGCGCGGAAGCCUCCACGGCACACCGCCACCAGCCACCGCCGCACCCAGCCACCACCAACACCACUGAGAUGACCAUGAUGCGUGUUGCCGGCGGAGCGCUGGCCGUGUCUCUCGCGGCUCUCCUAGUCUGCUGCAAUGCUGAUGCUCAUCAGGAACAGGACGUCAGCGCCGCCGAGCACAACUCCGAUCGCUACGACUCGGGGUAUAAACAAAAGGAAGAGCUCGAGGAUUUCAUACGGUUCCUCAUGCAAUACGACAACGCAUUAGAAGAUCGUAAUUUGGCAGGUAUCGGAGGAACUGGUUUAGUCGGUAGGAACUUGAACGGAGUGGGAGGCUCAACAAUGCUUGGCAGAAAUCUAGACGGUCUCGGAGGAUCCACUAUGCUUGGCAGAAACGUAAAUGGCGUCGGAGGUUCAACCCUAAUUGGAAGAAAUCUUAACGGCCUUGGAGGUUCAUCUUUGCUCGGGAGAAAUCUUAACGGUGUUGGAGGUUCUACUCUUCUCGGGAGAGACAUUUACCCCCAGAGGCAGUCAAGGUUCAUAGAUUCUCUCGGUGGAGGAAACUUCGUAAGAAACCUUGAUUCCUUAGGCGGCAAUAGCUUUGUUAAGAAGAACCUAGAUCAGCUCGGUGGGCCGAACUUCGUCAAGAGGCACAUCGAUGCUCUGGGAGGCAACAACUUGCUUAGAAACUUAGACUCGCUUGGAGGCAGCAACUUCGUCCGCCAGCUAGACGCUCUCGGCGGCGCUAACUUCGUAUAAUCGGCCAAAUUAAUACUUACUACCGUUAAAAUUUAUCUCCUGUAACAUACGUAUACCUAUCAUUCCUCAUCGUACAACGCAACAUGUGAUACCUUGAAAUAAUUUUUGUUUAAAUGUCGAUGUUAGAUUUGAUCUACAUAUCAUAGAAAUAAAGUUAUUGCAGCCA